UAGGGACUGCUCGUUGUAAACAAAUCGACAAGCCGAGGAGCUGUCUUAUUGAUAACACCGACGUGUUAGAUUUUACUGUGGCGUUUGCAUGCACUGGUGCCAAGGAUGUAGCUCUAUGAGCCGGAGGCUUUGAGAAACAACCCUACCGGGGUUGGAAUCGGAUCAUUCACUGCUAAAUGCCAUCCGAUAGUGAAAGAUCUCUACGGUGCUCGCCGCUGCUGUCAGGGCAGGGAUCCCACACAUUCUUAUGAUAUUCACUUCAGUAAUGGCGGCACCUGCGGAGCACGAUCUUACCUUAGCCGAGGCCGAAGGCAGCAAAGAGAGGACUCAAAUGUUCGGGAUUCUUAGGCUGCAGGAAGACAAGGCAGCCGGGGAGAAAGCUAGUGCCGUAGCUGCGAGCAUUGGUGGUAGCAGCGGUAGUAGCAGCAGUGGCGUCAAAUCUGUGGACGGGAGAUGGCAGGCGCCUAUCUUCGCUUUGGCAAGGAAAGCAUCAGAAACCUUCUCAGGAAGCAUUCAUGUUCUUCCCAAGGUAGCAGAGCACAAAACGCCCCCUUUCAUGGAUGACUGGAGCACCAAGGCCUUCCGAGACCCUAUGGCCAUGGAGCGUGCCAAUCUGCUCAACAUGGCCAAGCUGAGCAUCAAGGGCCUGAUCGAGUCGGCCCUGAGUUUUGGACGCACCCUGGACUCUGACUACCCUCCCCUUCAACAGUUCUUCGUGGUGAUGGAGCACUGUUUAAAGCAUGGCCUGAAAGUGAAGAAGUCGUUCCUGGGCUACAACAAGUCCCUGUGGGGGCCCCUGGAGAUGGUGGAGAAGCUGUGUCCCGAAGCAGCCGAGAUCGCCGCCAGCGUCAGAGAUCUCCCCGGGCUCAAGACCCCGCUGGGUAAGGCCCGGGCCUGGCUGCGCCUGGCCCUCAUGCAGAAGCGUCUGGCGGACUACCUACGCUGCCUCAUCACCCGCAAGGACAUACUCAGUGACUUCUAUGAGAGCGCGGCGGUGAUGCUGGAGGAGGAAGGAGCGGUCAUCGUGGGGCUCCUCGUCGGACUCAAUGUGAUCGAUGCAAACUUGUGUGUGAAGGGAGAAGACCUCGACUCUCAGGUGGGAGUUAUCGACUUCUCAAUGUACCUGAAGAAUGACAUUGAUGACUACAGAAGCGAGGAGAGGAAUGGGCAGAUCGCUGCUAUUUUGGACCAGAAGAACUAUGUAGAGGAGCUGAACAGGCAACUGAACUCAUCGGUACAGGGUUUACAAGGACGAGUAGAUUCCCUUGAGAAGUCCAACUCCAAACUCAUUGAGGAGCUUGCCAUAGCCAAAAACAACAUUAUCAAACUACAGGAAGAGAAUCAACAGCUACGAACAGAGAACUCUGCGAUCGUCAUGAAAACGCAACGUCGUCUAGAGACCACGCAGGGCGAUGUGGAUUGUGAGCUGGACACCUAUAAGCAGUCUCGGCAGGGCCUGGACGAGAUGUACAACGAGGCCCGACGACAGCUACGGGAGGAGUGCCAGCUACGGCAGGACGUGGAGAACGAGCUGAUGGUUCAGGAUGUGGAGAACGAGCUCGUGGUCCAGGUGAGCAUGAAGCAGGAGAUGGAGCUGGCCAUGAAGCUGCUGGAGAAGGACAUCCACGAGAAGCAGGACACGCUCAUCGGCCUCCGCAACCAGCUGGACGACGUCAAGGCCAUCAACGUCGAGAUGUACCAGAAGAUGCAGGCUGCAGAUGACGGCCUGAAGCAGAAGGAUGAGAUGAUCAUACGACUGGAGGAGAAGACUAAUCAGAUCACCGCCACCAUGAAGCAACUUGAACAAAGAUUGCAGGAGGCCGAGAGAGACCGCUCAAACGCCGAGGAGGGAACGCGCCUGUUCAAGCAGGACUUUGUCAACAAGGCCGACAGCCUACAGAAGCAGAUCGCCCAGAAGGAGAUGCAGAUGAAGCAGCUGGAGACGGACUUGAAGAUCGAGCGGGAAUGGAGGCAGACCCUACAGAACGAUCUGGAAAGAGAGCGAGACACUGUGGCUCAACUCAGUGCCGAGGCACUACAGAUAAAUGCACUCAAAAAAGAGUUUCACCGGAUGCAUGAUGAGAACCGGCAGCUGAAGGGGAUCUGUGAGGAGCAGGAACAAGCCCUGGAGGAGCUGGGCUGCAAACUCAGCGAAUCCAAACUGAAAAUUGAAGAUAUCAAGGAAGCCAACAAGGCUCUCCAGGGUGGGCAAGUUUGGUUGAAGGAUAAGGACGCCACGCACUGUAAGCUGUGUGAAAAGGAGUUCUCCAUCUCCAGGAGGAAGCACCACUGCAGGAACUGCGGAGAGAUCUUCUGCAACGCCUGCUCUGAUAACGAGUUGCCGCUGCCUGCCUCGCCCAAGCCGGUGCGAGUAUGCGACACGUGCCAUGCGCUCCUUCUUCAGCGCUGUUCCUCCACCGCCACCUAGGGCAGAGGGGGAGCCCACCUAUUAAGCCAGAGGGAGAGCCCACUUCCACGACCGCCUAGUAAAGACAGAGCUGGGGAGCCCACUUCCACGACCACAUGAUAACCCUGAGGGGUAGACCAGAGAGGAGGGCUGUCUGUCACACUACACACACACACACACACACACACACACACACACACACACACACACACACACACACACACACACACACACACACACACACACACACACAGCACAUCCAACGCACUAGGGCCACACACUAGUUCUGUGUCUCAGAUGGCGCGCUUGUGCACUUCGGUCACUACGUUUCGGUGCGUAUGGCAUUAAACAUAGUGAAACAUAUUCCCUGAAGUGCACAAGUGCACCAUCUGAGACACAGCAUAGGAGGUGCUUGAACUUUGAAGUAUAAGAAGUUGCCUGUCUGUCGCAAGCAACUGACAGCAUUUUCUUUCCUCCAAACUACAAUCCAAGAUGGCGGGCCACACCACUGGUUCUAAGGUGUUGAUGGAAGACGUUUACAUUCUCCACUGUGUUCUGCCUGAGCCAAGACACGACUGUUUUUGCUUUUUGGCAGCUGGCCAGAAUCAGACAUUCAGAUGGAUAGAACAUUCCAAACUUGAAGUACGUAUGAAUACCUCUAUGUUGUCCAUGCAACACAUCAAACCAGUGAAGACGAUUCAUGUAAUGCUCUAUCCCUGUGAUGGACAAGACUGUUUAUGUAUAUAUCUGUAUUGACAGAUAGCAAGUGUAAGAUAUUGAUUGAUUUAUAUUAUUCACAUGUGCCUGAGUAAGACGCCAAAAUAAUAAUGUAUGAGGACAUUUCCAGACAUUUCUACAUAGAGAAGUCAAAACAACGUUUGACCACCCUAAAGCACUAAGAUUCUUAAUGCUGCUUUCAUUUUAAAGUUGAAAACUGCACAGUAUCCACAAUUCUACAAAACUUGCCAUUUACUAAGAGCAACGUGUCUUGUGUUUAGAAUUAAGUAAUAUCAUAUGUAAUACAGCACAUAAUGGCCAUAAAAUGUAU